GGAAAUGGCCGUAAACGCACGUUUUUGUAUCUUGACAACGGUCUGAUGGAUACUGAAGUGCAAACCAAAGGCGUUGCGUUUUAUUUUGACUCAAGUGGAGUGCAGGUGGGCCGCCCUGACUGAGCCGCUGCAAAGGCGCCCUUUGCGCGCGCUCCUGCACUUCCCCACUCCAACCCAGAAAGACCGUUAGUCCCCCUCCAGCUCAAUCUCCGAGGACGCCUUCAGUCCCUGGAGACGACCUUAAUACGUCCAUUUGAUUGGGCCGCAACGUGAAUCCGCGCCAAGAACCGGGAGAAUGUGGCCUUAAAUGACCCGAGGAAUCGCGCAAACAGAAAAUGGAGAGAUGAAGAUGCACGGUGAGAGAAGCGUGUUUGCUGACGCGUUUCACAGGGGAGGGAGGAUCCCACGUCACGUUGACAAGUUGCUGCAGGAUAAGGUGCCCAGAAGCAGCAGUCCGGUCACUGUUUAUGUGGAGCUGCCCUGCAAUAUUGAGCAAGCCUUUCCAACAAUUGCAUGGGAUGAUUUAGAAGACUGCACCGGAAAAGAGAGCGACUCACUGAGGUCACAGGUAAAUGGAUGUGAUGGAGGUGAGCGAGACUUUGGGGACUUUGCAUUGGAUUUUGUGGCAGAUUCUCCGGCCACUCUCGAGAGCAGCCUGUACCCUGCAGAGCUGGUCCCCUUUCAGGGCUGCGACAUACCUCCCCUCACCCCUCAGCAUGUCUUCUCUCCAGAGGAAGGCUUCACGCUUCCCAAUUCCUCCUGCACACAUGACCAGGAUGGUUUACUAUGGACGAGUUUCAGUUCAUGUCAAGCCCGGAUGGGAGGUGCUAUGGAGGCCAAUAAGCAUCCCAAUUUCCCGCAGGUGCCUGAGACUUUGCGCAAAAGACAAAGUGACCCAUCUGAGGAGAAGAACCUACACCUGAGGCAGCUUGCGUGCCAAGCAAAGCUCCUCGCGUCUGUGCUGGAGAAACUAAUGGCAGACAGGGAGCCAGAUACCAGCGAACCGGCAAGGCCUUGCGGCGAUAAAUCCACAAGUCCCCGCAAGAGGCAGCGACUGGACGACGGCUGGGGGUCCCCUGACUUGGUGGAGGAGAUCUUGAAAGACGUCAGCAAGCGCUGCGAUGCCGUGUUGCACACGAAUGCCCGUGGGAGCGUGCCACGGUGGGACAAAGACACGAUCCCCAUGUACGGGGCAUUCUCUGGCCUGCAGACCUCCAUAUGCAAUGACGGCAGCAGCAACGCAGAAGAGGAUGCGUCGUCUUUCUGUACUUCUGUUAAAGAGCACUGCACAAUAAGAACACGUGUGUUCCCUCAGGGCCGGGCUUUCACCUCAGGCACCCAUCUUGGUGGGUUUCGCUUCCGCUGGGUUCCCAACCACAAUUAAGAGCCCCAGAAAAA